GGGAGCCUUCUCGGUCGUCCGGCGCUGCGUCAAGCUCUGCACUGGCCAUGAGUACGCUGCCAAGAUCAUCAACACCAAAAAGCUCUCUGCCAGAGAUCACCAGAAGCUGGAGCGCGAGGCGCGGAUCUGCCGGCUGCUCAAGCACUCCAACAUCGUGCGGCUCCACGACAGCAUCUCCGAGGAGGGCUUCCAUUACCUCGUCUUUGACCUGGUGACGGGCGGCGAGCUCUUUGAGGACAUCGUGGCACGGGAGUACUACAGUGAGGCCGAUGCCAGCCACUGCAUCCAGCAGAUCCUGGAGGCUGUCCUGCACUGUCACCAGAUGGGGGUGGUCCACAGGGACCUCAAGCCCGAGAACCUGCUCCUGGCCAGCAAGUGCAAAGGGGCAGCAGUGAAGCUAGCAGACUUCGGCCUCGCCAUCGAGGUGCAGGGGGAUCAGCAGGCCUGGUUUGGUGAGUGCUGGUGUCCCCCUGUCCCCGAGUCCUCCGACAGCACCAACACCACCAUCGAGGAUGAGGACACCAAAGCCCGCAAGCAGGAGAUCAUCAAGAUCACGGAGCAGCUCAUCGAGGCCGUCAACAACGGCGACUUCGAGGCCUACGCGAAGAUCUGCGACCCGGGGCUCACCUCCUUUGAGCCCGAGGCACUGGGCAACCUGGUGGAGGGGAUGGACUUCCACCGCUUCUAUUUCGAGAACUUGCUCUCCAAGAACAACAAGCCGAUCCACACGACCAUCCUGAACCCGCACGUUCACGUUAUCGGGGAGGACGCGGCGUGCAUCGCCUACAUCCGCCUGACGCAGUACAUCGACGGGCAGGGCCGGCCCCGCACCACGCAGUCCGAGGAGACGCGCGUCUGGCACCGCCGCGACGGCAAGUGGCUCAACGUGCACUACCACUGNUGA